AUGCGUCUCAGGAGCGGAACCACAUUAGGCCAAACAGAAGCGAGUACCAGUGAGGCCGGAGGGGAAACCAUGCAAGACGAUAACUAUUCUACUCAAGCAGUGUGGGGAUCUCCACUACCAACAAGCAACUCGCCUCUCAAUCGCUGGUCAUCACCAAGUCCUCCCUCGGGUGAAGCAGGCCCAUCGAACCCCCCUUUGGCGAGUCCUCAUCCUGGUCAGCAUGCUUACCCAGCAGUACCCCAUCCUGGGACAGAUUCUCUUCUAUACGAUUCAUGGCGAGAUGACUCUGCUGACGAUUUCAACUACGAAGAGCAGCCGCACAAGUCUCAGUCGCCUCACAUGCACAGUCGAAGUCAAUCUGACCCUUACGGUACCUCAAAUCCCGACUAUCAGCCACCCCCAACUGUCCCUACGCCACCAAACGACUAUGGAUUUCCCGCUGCCAAUGACGGACAUGAAUAUCAACAUCAUCAACAUGCCAAGCCACUACACACAUCCAAUUCGAUUCACCGGUAUACCCGAGACCAAGAAGCCUGGAGUCCUGCUGCGCAAAUCUCAGCCGAACAGCGCAAAGAAUUGCUAGCCGAGGAUAUACCGGACUUGAAGAGGGAGCGAGAGUAUGAUGACAAAAUGGAAGAAGAACUGGCAAAAUUGACAGAGGACGAAAAGAGACGGAAGAGGGCCAGAAGGGAGAAGAGAAGAGAAUCAUCUCCCAAGAACCGCCAUGGCCAGCGACGUGAUCGAGAUUUCGGUCAAGAUCGAAGGGGUGGUGGACAGGGAAGCUGGCAUGAGGUCCAGUCUUCUUGA